UUAUGUGAUCUGAAUCUGUCUGACAUCACAAGACAGGCUGCUCGCAGAUCUCAGUGUGACGUAACAUCUCCAGACACUGCAAAGAUGCUUUAUGCAAACAGACUUCUCACUCUGACUAUUUUCCCUUCGUCUGUUAAAAACAACGAUCUCAGUGCGUCACACUUUUCGUCAAAAUCGUUUGUAUUUUAAUUUUGAUUACUUCUGUCAAAAUAAUUAGGUCCGUGAUUGUGAUUUUGCCCAGACUUUAAUUCUUUUCUUUUUCGCUGCGGAGUGACACCCCUCGCUUUAACACACGAUCUUUUCCAGCCCCAGCAUCCUUUUCCACCGUCCGCACCGAAGACCACAGAAACCGAGCGGCACGAGGCCUUUGGUGACGCACGCGACCCCGCCGCCGGACCUCCUCGUUUGAGCGCGUGCCGCGCGCUCCGUUAUGUCCGCCAGCCAUGGCUGCUGAUCGCCGCGCGCCGCUCCUCUUCCUCCGCUGGCUGCUUUUGAUCUCCUGCCUGGACGGAGCAGUGAGGGCGGCACCCUCCUCCUCUUCUUCAUCCUCCUCCUCCUCCCUAACCGGGGACAAUGGCUUCACCGUCGCGGUCAGAGACACGGAUGACCCGCGGCGCGUGCCCACACCCACGAGUCAGACAGCAGGGUUUUCCCUCAAGGUCCUGGUUAGGGACCUGGUGACCCGCCAGCUGCUGCCGGGGGCGUCGGUGGGCCUUUACGUCAACCACACCUUGAGGAGUUCGUCCCAAACCGACGCCAAGGGGGAGGUCCUGCUAUGGGUGGAGUACGACCCGGGAUCGGAGCUGACGCUGCUGGGGACCAGCGAUGCCUACGUCCCCGCCCCCCUGCCCUGGAGCACCGCGAAGAGACCCAUUUUCUCGGUGGUGACGCUGUCGCUGCUCCCCCACAGUCAGGGAAACAUCUGGCUGUUUGAAGACUCGGUGCUCAUCACCAGGAAGCUACCAGACAGUUCCUCGCAACCAAAGGUCCUGUUCCCCAAAAGCCUCCUGACACUCCCCGACAGGGGCAACAUCUCCACGGUGACGGCAUUCCUGACCGUACCACAGCACCACCUGGGGAAGGACUGCGCCAACUGUACCCUUGGCAUCACCAGCAGCAAAUCAGCUUUCCGAAGCAUGGAGCUGAGGGCGGUGGCAGCCGUCAGCGUCCUGCUGUUCUCCGAAGGAAUCGAGCUCCACGUUCGAGGGCCCAUCCAGAUCAGCCUGCCGCUGGGACGUGACACCGACCUGAGGGCCGCCGACACUGUCCCGGCCUGGGCCUUCAACCCGAAGACGGGUGCGUGGGAGAACCACGGUCUGGGCGUGGUCAAGGCGAUCGGCGAUGAGCUGGUCUGGGUUUACACCGCCUCCCACCUGGGAUAUUGGAUCGCAGCCCCCCAUCCUUCAUCGAAAGACUAUCUUGGACAAGGAAACUCCAUGGACUUCCUUUCGUACCACACCUACUUGCUGUUGGGAAUUCUGGGAGGAACUCUGGCCGUCGUCGUCGGAUUUCUGUCCCUGCUUCUGUGUCACUGCGGAGGUACCUAUCGGGAACCUAAGAGGAGGAGGAGGAGGAGGACGGCCCGGUUCUCGAAGCUCACCGUGCUGAAGAAAGACCAAACCACCUCCACUCACAUGGAGGAGGGCCUGCUCUUCCGGUCUGGAGACAACAGCCUGGCCUCCUGCAGCGUCCAGUGCGAGACGCUGUCCACGCCCAGGCACAAGGCCAACUACAACAUCUAUGUGGAGGAUCCAGGGAGUCUCCCUGCAGGUUCCCUGUAUGACAACAUCGCUCUGGAGCGGAUGAAAGCCUCCCAGCAGUCGUCUCUGUACAUCAACAGCGACGAGGUGGCUCGCAUCCAGGAGAAAGCGGAGCAGAACAGGGCCAACUUGAACUCUUCAGACAACUUCUUCCAAGACAAGCUGGUUCACCUGUACAACCAACCCGUGGCCAUUAUCCAAGCUCCGGAGCUGUUUGGAGUUCAGGAGCAGCAGUUGUCGGGUUGCAAGUCGGCCACGUUUCCCAGGAAUGGAGUUGACUAUGAUGCCCACUCAGAGCCGGCCAACAAAGACAGCUACACGCAGACGCUGCCGAAAGCGCCUCAUCACCACUGCCAGGGUGGGGCGGGUCCACACCAGAGCAGCCAGGACGAUCCCCAGCCUCUGGAGACUCCACCGCCGGGCCAAGGGACCAACGCGAACAUAUGGGGGCGCUACAAUAACCUCCUGGAAUCCUCUGUCUCGGUACCGGGCACCCUCAACGAGGCGGCCGGAAUGGGGCCCUUCAGCGGCGGGCACGGCAUGUCCGCCGAGCUGCAAGGUAUUUCUGAGCGAACCCUGCUAGAGCUGGGGCGCGGGAAGUCCUCGUCUUCUCACCCGAGGGCCUGGUUCGUCUCCCUGGACGGGAAACCGGCCGCUCAGGUCCGCCACUCCAUCAUCGAACUCCAGACCCGGCACCGCCCACCGAGCAGCAACGACACCAGCCUGGACUCGGGCGUGGACAUGAACGAGCCCCAGCAGAGCAUCCGGGAGACGGAGCGGGACAGGCCCUCCUUCAGGGGCACGUCCUUUCACCUUCACGGCAGAGGGGGGCGACACAGCGAGGAGCAGGACCUCAGCAGCAGCGAGAGCGGCACCACUGCCACCUGCACACCAGAGGACCCCUCCCUGAGGAACAUUUUAGACGGGAGCAGUGGGGCCAUCCCCAACAUUCCCGAAGAGCGGGAUGGGAUGGACACGUCCAGCGCUCAGGAGGACAGCGAGUCGAGGGGCACCCCACCUCCGAGGCGCCUGAGGAAGGUGAGAGAGAAGGGGAAGACGGACAAGAGGAGUACCAAACACGUCCGGGAAGGUAGACCGAUGACCAAGAGAAGCUAGGAGACGGAUCCGGUAUCAAACUGAAGUCUUUGGGGACUGGGAACCAACCUCUCUUACCUUGUUGUUGCUAAAGCACACAGUUGAUUAGCAGCAGGUGGAGCGGUUGCGACCGGAGAACAGGACUGGAUUCCGACAUUGUAGAUUUGCCCCUUUUUUUUGUCGGGGCUUGAUGACUUUGCCAAAGAGUCUAUAAGCUAACUUUCUAAAAGCCACCUAUCCAGCGUGUUUCUACACCUUGUUCUUUCAUUCCUAAGAUCACCAGCGAGAUUCUUCACAGCAAACACAACCCCCACCCCACCCCCACCCAGGAAAGGAAUUUAAAAAACGGGGUGCCUUCAAACUGCCUGCGGUGUCAACGAACCGCAGUUUGGACGUAAAUCUGGGAGGUUUGCAGGACGGACACAGUGCACUUAUCCUCACCAGAAAUGCCUGCCAGGAGUACAGACAUUUUCCGACUUCCCGUGUCCUUUUUUUUGCGUGAAUGAUCGCCGCGCCAGAAGGGAAGUAUUUCCGAGGGAAACCUGUUGUACAGAUAAGCUGCCGUUGGAGGCUCCCUCCUCAAAUUGUCACACAGCCACUACCUACAUUUUGCGUAUUUUCUACGUCGGAAAUUUCGUGACACAUAGGUGAUUCAUACAGGUCUUUACAUGAAUUUGGUUUUGAGCUGUUCAAAAGUUUUGGUCGUAGUUUAUUUAAAAUCCUUUAUACGCAUAAUUUUUGCAAGAUACAUACGCAAACCUGCGGUUUUCCACGACAGUUCAACGUUUGUCUUAUGGACUUUUUGGGCACGUACCGCCGACGUGUGACUGUUCUUUGUGUGCUUCAUUCAUACUUCUUCCGUGGUUUCUUUGUGAUACAUCUGUGAAAAUCUCACGUAAAGAACCUCAACUUUUCUCACUUAUUCUCACGUAUGACCAGUUUUCAUCCGUGCAAUAUGUACCAAAUGUGCGUAGAAGCUGUGUGACACGGCGUUAAGGUCCACAACUGCUUUUGUAUGCAUGAAAAUGAAUGUUUUGCUGUUUCACUGUUUUCCAUGCCAGAUUUCGACGCAACACUUAUUCUAUGUUUAGGUAAAAUGAAAAAUAAGUUACGUUUGGUUCCGUGGACACUUUAGUUCAGGGGAUCAACCAUUAUAGAUUCACAUAUUUUAAUGUCUUAUUAACAAUAUCACAUAGUAAAUUAGUACAACAGCAGAGAAAUGCGCGGUUUUAGCUUCUCCCGAAUGAACGGAUAAACCUCCCGAUCUCUUAUUGUCACGAAAUAAAAAAUUUCGUCCAAUUUUUUUCUUUUUUUCUAUAUCUAGCUUUAAUCGGACUAGCUACAAAGAACGUCUGUUCCGUUUAUGGUUUUGAUGUCAUUUAAAAAAAAAAGGAAAGUCUGACUUCCUUACUAUCCGGUGUCCUUCCAAACUUCUUAAAAAGAAUUUCGGUUUAUUUAGUUACAAUUACUCAAAAUGACCUUUAAGCUAACUCAAAACUAGCUUAGGAGCGUUAGCUACAGUGUUGAUGAUCUUUGGACUACCAUAACUCUCCCACUGUUUACGCAAUUAAUUUAAUUUAGAGGAUUCUGAAGCGGAGAGAAAUAGCUUUGCGCUGACUUUAACGUUUUGAAGUGUUUAAGCAAUCGAUGGAAAUCAGCUAAUUCAUUUGCAAAGGAUUGUCUCAAAAUGGUCUCCUUAUAAGUUCAAUGAAUUCUCAAACAAAUUAGAAUUAAAUUGGGACGAGUUGGAGAAAAAAAUGAGAAUGUCUUGUUUUUUGUCAAAACUUUACUAGUUUUCUAUUUUUUUCAACUUGCAAACAUUUUUUUUUCUUGCUAGCUUUAUGCGCAGUGCAGUACAACCUUUAGGUAGGACAGCUACCGAACUUUUUUGAUAACAUUUUAUUCAGAAGAGACUAGCGCAUUUUUCUGAUUCAGUCGUUUUAUGCUACGUUCAAAACAAGCAAAACAAAUUUGCGCCGACCACUUCUCUUUUGACUUGCAUCAAAUUCACUUCUAGGACGCUUCUCGAUAAAUCCUAACCUUGGGAGGGGCCACCGUCCAAAGUUUUAAGACCUCGAUACAAAAAAUGAAAAAUUUUAUUAAAUUAGGGAAGAGAACGAUCCAAAUUUUCUCCAUGUUGGUUUUGGACUCCACCUACUGAUGAUGUCAUCAACACGUGACAGGCCAAAGCUGAGGUUGUAAAAGCAUCGCAAUGCGACACCCAAAACACAUAAGCGCUAGAGCAUCACGCCUGACGCUCAGGACUUUUGAUCGCGUAUGUACGUUGACUUAAUGGUGAAACUGGACGUCCCAUCCAUGCGACCACAUAUCCACGAAAAAUGCUUGUAUUUCUCUCAAAAACGCACAUUGAUAGUAGCUAACUUAUCUAGAACGCGAAGAAUAAGCAGCAGCGAUACAUGUUUGAAUGCUGAUGAGUAAAAUAGCAAUAUUUUCGUUAGCUCAAAUCGUUAAAAGAAUUUCAUGUCGAGUCUUCCACAGUUUCACAGUAUUCUGUUUCGUGUACAUAUACAAGCGACAUAGUUUGAUUGUUAUACUUUGUAACGUUUGAUUUCAUCUAAAAAGCCUGAGCAGGGAAAUAAAACAAUAGGAAAUAAAAGCAGAAACUUGGCGGAGUCUUAGGUUGGGGGCGUGGCUAAAAGGUUCUUCGAAAUGUAGUAGCUGGAGAUCAUAAUCCCGCUUUGUAGUUUAUGAAAGCGAUAGAUGUUAAGAAUUCGGAAAAACGACACCACUGCCACUCGGGUUUACCGAUGAAUGUAUCUGUGCUGACUUUGGUGUAGCGUGCUGCCCUCUGUGUGGACUUUUCUUUCCCCCUUAGCCCCUGUGUUGUCCCUCUGUAACAAACGUAGUGUUGCUUUUCUGUGCUGUUAUUUAAUAAAACGUAGCUGAAAUUGCAAA